AUGUCCCUUGAGAACCAUCUUUUCCACAAUUAUAAGAUAAUUAUUGCAAACGGACAGUUUUCUCUUUUCCAAAGCUAUGCUACUCAAAAAGUUCAACAGGAUCCUUUCAUAAGUAAGGACGAAGAACCAGGUACUUACAGGCCUUAUGAUCUCGGAGAAGAAAUGGGAGUCUGGGUGAAUAAUUCUGAUGGCGUAACUCCCGCUGUUGGAAAGGCCUGGACUGAUGUACAUUGUGUGUUUCCUGACUACACUAACCCCAGGACAGUUGACUGGUGGACCCAGAUGUGUCUGGAGUUAAAGGACGUCCUUGACUACGAUGGGAUCUGGAUUGAUAUGAAUGAACCAUCCAAUUCUGAAAGAGGCCAGUAUCCUGGAUGUGCUGUUAAUUAUGUCAAUAACCCUCCUUUCAUUCCUAGCAUUUCUGAUCGUGCUCUGGCACAAAAGACUUUGUGUCCUGACUCCAAGACGUACCUGGGAGAGCACUAUAAUACGCACUCUCUCUUUGGCUGGUCACAGACUGCACCAACUUUCCAUGCUACCCAGAAGGCAACUGGAAAGCGUGCAUUUGUGUUAAGUCGGUCUACAUUUGUUGGAAGUGGGAAACACGGGGGUCACUGGCUCGGUGACAACUUUUCACAGUGGAAAGACAUGCACCAGUCAGUCAUUGGAAUUCUGGAAUUUAACCUCUUCGGGAUUCCCUAUAUUGGUGCUGAUAUCUGUGGAUUUAACUAUAACACUACCUACGAACUCUGCUUGCGCUGGAUGCAGCUUGGCUCUUUCUAUCCAUUUUCCAGAAACCACAAUGCAGAGAAAAACAGUGGUAAUAAAGUGCCAGCUUCCUGGCUCAAGAACUACGUUACUGUUGAUGCCCCACUGAGCAAGAUCCCUCUGUUCCUGCGUGGAGGCUACAUUCUGCCAAAACAGGUGCCAGCCUCAACCACAACUAAGAGCCGUCUGAACCCAUUUGGGCUCCUUAUUGCCCUGGAUGAUCAAGGAGAAGCUUCUGGGUCGCUCUUCUGGGAUGAUGGUGAUUCGAUUGAUUCUAUUGGAAAGGAAGUCUACUUCUUGGCUAAAUAUACAUUCAGCAAAGGAAACCUGAAGACAGAAAUAGUUAAAAAUGGCUACCGAGGGGCCGACUCUCUGAAAUACAACACAGUUACCAUCCUUGGUCUGAAACUGCGACCUCGCGCUGUUGCUCUGAACGGAAGGGCCGUCCGUGGAAGCGCUUUCUCUUAUCAGACAAACGGGAAACUCACUUUAUGGCUUUCUGCACCACUUACUCAGGAGCUCAACAUUGCAAUUUACUAG